AUGUCAUUGCUUGAUCCAGCUUCGAUAUCUUUGGGUGAAGAAGAAGACGAAGAAGAGAAUGUUGAAAGAGGACAGGAAUUAUUGGAUUCAGGUUGUGAGCCAAAUGUUGGUGUUGGCGUUAUCCUCGAUGAUGAUCGUGCAAAUGAGUCAGCGGUAGUUGCAGACCAACAGAUCUCUGAACAAUCAUGCUCUGCAACAAGUGACAAAGGAAAUGGUGUCAAUUAUCCAAAUGAUUCUCGCUCUUUCAGUUUUUCUGGAUCCCACUGUGUAUAUCAAAUUAUUCAGAAACCGAAAACGACAUCGGAUGUCCGCGACCCCAUGUUAAGAGUCAAUCUGAUGAAGGCUUGUGAUCAUAAGCACUUGCAGCUAGAUCAGAUUACUGAUUCAAUAUAUGCCGAUUUUAUUGUGUUAAUGACUGGUGGAGAAGUAUUUCCGCCAACUGAUGAUUAUAGACAAAUUUUAAAUGCAAUGGUGCAAGGAGAUGAUUACACGGUAGCAUGUGAUGUCAAUGAUGAAUUUCUGGGUCAUAUUGAUUAUGCAAUUAUUCAUCUUCCAACAAUGAAACUUCUGUUAAAUAGUGAACAGCGUGAGCAAGUAAUAGAAUUUUCGGUUGCACGGUUUAAAAAUCACCAACAUCCUAUCGGUGCUUGUUUGCAAAUGCUGCAAAAAAAUUAUAUUGGCCUCCCUUCAAUCAUCAAUCUACGUAAUACAUUAUUGGAUUCGCUGAAUCGUUUGAUAAGAUCAGGAGAGGAUAAUACGGAUUAUGGAGGAGAUUUGGAUGAUGUUGAUGUACAUGAGUUUGCAGUUGAUAACUCGAGUGGUGAUUUAGAUUUAGUCGGAAAAAAAGGAUUUUACCAAAAUUUUUUCACAACUGCCAUUCCGGAUAAUGAAUAUGAUAUUUUGGCUCAAAUUUUAUCGAAGAAACUCCGAGUUGAUGAUGUUGAAGACGUUGUUCUCAGGGAAGCAGUCAAGAUGAGAUUGAAGGGAAGCUUACUUGUUGGUGAAUACUGGUCAGAGCCUCAUGAAUUUCUCCCACCUGGUUGGCGCAUUCGAAUUCGUGAAUCUGGAAGGAUUGUUCCUCGAAUCAGUGAGGUUGAUGAGAUCUGGCGACGCUGCUAUGAAAGAAUGCCAGAUUGUACUCAAAAAGAAAUGUUAGACUAUUUAGAAGAAAGGUACGUAGGAAUAAGCUUUAAAACAAAACAAAGAGCUGCUGCUAAAGGUAUUAUAUUACGAGCACCAAGAGUGCAGUUUCCUAAUAAACCUCGUUGCAUUGGAAGCAAACCAAUGCAGUAUGUCCAGAUCGAUAUGGUUGAAAUGGAGUGUUCGGAAUAUGGAGACCGUUGUUAUACCAUGGCAUUAAUAGUAACUGAUCUUUAUUCACAUUUUGUAUUUGGAAGAGCGUUAGCUGAAGCUCCUGAUACUUCUUUAUUAGUCAGACAUUUAAUGGAUAUUUUCGGAGCCUUUGCUCCACCGGAAGCUUAUCGUUCUUUUACGAAUAAUGAAGUAAUUAAACAUGUUAUGGCAGAUAUCGAAAAAUUAUUCAAAAUUGAAAUCAAAAAUAUUGGAAUCGGUGUCAUGAACCAUAUUAGUCUUUGUUCUAAUAUGUAUAAACGUGCAGCAGAAGAACUUGGUGGUCGUGAACGUUGGGUAGAAGCACUUCCAUUUGCUGUAAUUGAUUACAACCAGACUCCUGUAAAAUCAUUUGGUGAUCUUCGAAUUUCACCAUUUGAAAUAAUGUUUGGCCGAAGGCCUUGGCGAAAUCAUACCAUUCCUCCAUGGAUAUGCAGUAAUGCACGUCAUACAAGGAAAAUUGAUUCAGCAGUGCACAGACAAGGGAAUCGAGCAGAAAACAUUAAUAGUGCUGGUACUGGCGCAUCAGAAGUUUGUAUGAUACGUUCAAUGCCUUUACCGCGGCGACCUGAAGUUGAAGAACGAUUAGCAACUGUUUACUUGAGUGAGAUGUCUAACAAUCGCGCUAAAAUAUCGUGCAUUCUUGGUCGUUACCCUGCAAAAUUCAAUGAUGAGGGUCAGGUCAUCGAUCCUGGUACUGGUUACCUGUAUGAUGUUGGUGAUUGUGUAUAUCUUCGAAGCCUUGAUCACCAAGAAAUUUCAAUCCGUUCAAAGAAACGUAUAAAUGAUAUGCGUUAUUAUCGAGCAACCAUCAUAGAAAUAGAUUAUCAAAGACCAGAUUUCAUGUAUAAAGUAUGUUAUUGGGACGAUAUCAUUGAUGUAGAUCAUCUUCCUCCAGAUCAGUGGCCAGAUGAAGGCUCCCCAUGUGCUUGGGUAUCACCAUACGAUAUUGCACCCUCUACUUUGGAUCUUGCGAAACAAAGAAAUGUCGUAAGACGACGAGAAUUGGAAUUUCAAUGUAAAUGUGGCUAUGAUUUUUGUGAAUUGAUUUAUAAUCGCUGUUGUCCUUAUAAAUUGUCAAAUUCUUGUUGUAAACGGCUAAAAAUGAAUUGUCCAUAUCAUUCACAAGCGAGAAUGCGAACUCGCAAACUACCAGCUCCAUCGUCCUCGCGUUUAAAGGCUAGUCUUACUGUAGGAGAUUCGGUACUCAAAUUAGCUGCUGGCGGAGAACGAAGGUUGCUUACAGUUUCGAGACGAGGAAAAUCUGAAGUAGAUCAUUCUAAUUCUCGUUGGGUUUUUUACGGAGACCGUUACAUCGAGCUGUUUCCAAGUUCAUCCACUCCAGUUUCCGUUGGACCAGAAGAUCAGCACAAUAAUGUACAUUUUGAUUAUGAUAUUGGAGUUCAUCAACCUAAAAGAAGCCGUUCACAGGUUUUUCGAUCUUGUUAUAUUAGUGAUUUGUUAAUUUCCAAUUCUCAAGAUGACUUAGAAGGAAUGGAUGUAGAUGAUGAAUGCAUUGAUGUUACUUCAAGCGAUCAUAAUUCGACAGUUGAUACCACUGAGGGAAAAGUUCUACCAGUAAGAAAUACCAAACGUGUUUCUGCACCACCGCAACGUCUAAGUCCUACAUAA